CAGGCGGGGCAGCCGGACCCAAGAGCCAAAAAUUACUUCGUGGGAUGCACCUGGCCAAGCUUAGCCUUCCUUGUGUUAAUAACUUUGAUAAUAACCUUGAUAAUAAUAAGUUUCCAUUACAUUUUAUACUUUACGCUUUACACUUUACAUCUCUCACUUCCCCUUUAUUUCGCCCUUUUCCGCCCUUUAUGUCAUGCGGACACCCGAAUGCCAGGUCAGGAAGAGAGGGAUAAAAUCUAUUGAGCAGAUGGGUUUGCAAUAAGGCGAAUCCUCCGCCGCGGCAGGAUUCAUUCAUUCGCUCAUCUAUCUGUACUGCUUCAUCAUGUCGCAGAAGUCUGGUGUGAGCAAGUCUUCGUCGACCUUCCAUUUUGUUGCUGGUCUCGGUUCCGGCACAUUCGGUGCUGUGCUUCUACAGCCAUUCGAUCUACUUAAGACACGCGUUCAACAGUCAGGCUCGCAUUCGAUCAGAGCCGCGGUGAAAGAAAUCGCCAGGUCUCCAAAUGCCGUGACUGCCUUUUGGAGAGGCACGAUCCCAUCAGCCCUCCGAACGGGUGUUGGGUCUGCCAUAUAUUUCACUACUCUAAACGUCAUACGGCAGCGUGCAACAGCCCUGCCAUUCGCCACAGUGCCCGUCACCGACCCGCUGAGGUCUUCUUCAUCCCUCCCCAAACUCUCCAACACCGCUAACCUCGUGGCCGGUGCAUUUGCUCGAGCUUUCGCUGGCUUCAUCUUAAUGCCACUGACCGUCAUCAAGGUCCGCUACGAGUCCAACUUGUAUUCGUACAAAUCUAUUGCUGGUGCUGCGAAGGACAUUUACAGAACGGAACGUAUCCCUGGGUUUUUCGCCGGUUUUGGCGCAACCGCCAUUCGGGAUGCUCCUUACGCUGGGCUUUACGUGCUCUCGUAUGAACAGUUUAAAAAACGACUUAGCUCCUGGCAUUUUCAAAGCCUACCUAUUCCAUACGAGCAGAUCAGCGCUGGCAUGGGGGGCUCGUUAUCGGCCACCAUAAACUUUAGCUCCGGAGCGCUUGCCGGCGCAACGUGUUCCUUCAUCUCGAACCCGUUCGACGCCGUGAAGACGCGCAUACAACUACAGCCACGCGAGUACCGAAACAUGAUUCAAGCCUGCCGCAAGAUGGUUACGGAAGAAGGCAUGCGCUCUCUCUACGACGGACUCACUCUACGAAUGGCACGCAAGGCGAUGAGCUCCGCAUUAGCUUGGAUGGUGUACGAAGAAUUGAUUCGAAGAGCAGAGAGUACACUGCAUCGAAGAAAUACGAAGGGACAUGUAUAAUAUUCCAAUCCGAAUCCCCAGUCAAAAUAACUCCCCGCUCACAAGCCUUACCAAUUGAUGAUCCCGAAGCAGACCGCUCUAUAGGACGGGUAUUCUUGCUUGUGAUCAUCUGAU